GCAGUUAUAUUUCAACCGGCCCAAAUGCACUUUGACACAUGGACGGAUAUGAUAAAUUGAAACCUUAUGGCAUAUGUAUUCACGGAUGUGUGGACGGAUUUUCUAGAUGUGUUUUGUGGAUGGAUGCAUGGACGACAAACAACGAUCCCAAAGUAGUAGCUGGAUAUUAUCUUGACACUGUAGAACGACUGCAUGGAUGCCCAGAAAGAAUCAGAUCAGAUGCUGGUGGUGAAAAUAGGCACGUAGAGCAGAUGCAGCUGUUGCUUAGACAUGACCACAACGACAGAUUUGCUGGAAGUAAAAGCUUUCUUUAUGGCUCAAGUGUCCACAACCAACGUAUUGAGUUUUGGUGGGGUAUAUUGAGAAAGCAGUGUGUGCAAUACUGGAUGGACAUGUUCAAGCACCUGAAAAAUGAAGACUUAUUUUGUGGAGACUACCUUGACAAGAGCCUGGUGCAGUUCUGUUUCCUUGAUGUCAUUCAGAAGGAAAUCAAAGAUGUUGCACAAACAUGGAACUUUCAUCAGAUACGAGCAAACAAAAACAAUCCUAGUGGAAAACCAUCUGUUCUAUUCUCCCUUCCCCAACUUUAUGGAGCUGAAGAUCAUUUGAAGCAUGUGUGUCCAGCCUCUCUGGAACUUUGUAGACAGGAGUGUACCCCGAGAGGUACGUCCAGUACCUGUCCACAAGUAUGGCCGACAGGUCUUCUUGAUAACCUUGACAGGGUGUUGAACCUGACAAAUAUUGGCUUGUUUUCUCCAUUGCCAGUUGUGAGAAGCAAGUCAGAACCAGUACAAAAACGUAGAAACUUUGAUAAGUCAUCAGAAUUUAGUUCCCGGAUGUACUUUGUUAAGAAGCCAGAUGUCGCACUCUAA